AUGGAAAAGCUCGCACGUCUCCAACCAGCUUUAGUCAAUCGCUUGUCCUCACUGCUCCUGCACGACAACGCGCGACUUCAUACUGCACAAGAGACGGUCUCCAAGUUACAAGAGCUGGGGUUGGAAGCUCUCCGUCAUCCACCGUACUCACCAGAACUUGCGCCUACAGACUUCUACUUUUUCCAGAAUUUGGAUAACUUUAUGCGGGAAAAAAUUUAA